UUCAUUCGGUUCCGUUGCGACGAAGAGACACAUCACAGUUGGACUAACUUUUUAACCGUUUCACGCUUUAAAUCGACGCAGGAUUGAAUACCCGCGGAUUUUAAACCUUCACGAGCCAAUUUAUCGAUUCGGGGUUGGGGAUUUUUAAUCAACUCUGCCUGUUGGAUUUUUGUUCAUUUCAUUUUUUAUUUUAAACAAAAGAACUAAACGAAAAUGGGAGCCCAGUUGACCAAGGGUGGAGUAGCCGUGGAGGGUAAAGCAGCGGGUGAUUCGGCAGCUGCCAAAACGAAUGGCCAGGAGAACGGCCACGUGAAGACCAACGGGGAUGUGUCUGUCAAGCCCGACGGUGAGACGGUUGCUGCCGACGGCAAUGGCACCGUCGAGGUAGCCAAGGAGACGGAGGCUGCGGCCGGCGACGCUAUCGAAGCAGCCCCUGCCCCCGCAGAGGGCGAGGCCAAGGCUGAGGGCGAGGCAGAGGGCAAGGAUGGCAAGAAGAAGAAGAAGUUCUCCCUGAAGAACUCCUUCAAGUUCAAGGGCAUCUCUCUCAAGAAGGGAGGCAAGAAGAACAGCGAGGAGGCCGCCUCACCCACGACCGAGGAGGCCAAGCCCGAGGAGAACGGCCACGCCGCUGAGCCCAGCGCCGAGGCAGAGGCCGCCCCUGCCCCAGCCGAAGCAGAGGCCACAGAGGCAGCACCCGAGGCAGAGGCUGCUGAGCCCAAGCCCGAGGAAGCAGCCCCCAGCGAGGAGGCCCCACCCAGCAAGGAGCCCGCCGCCGCCGAAGCAGACGCACCUGCAGCCGAAGAGACGACGCCCGCGGCCGAGGCCUCUGAACCUGAGCAGAAGGCGGAGUGAUGAGGCCGUGGAGAGGCCUACUGUGACCGGACUGUUUUCUGUUUUGCUUUGUUAUUUUCUUUUUUUUGUUUUCGUUUUGUUGUUUUGUUUUUUAUUUUGUUUGUUUUGUUUGACUGUUUUAGUUUUUACAAUUUCUUCCUCCAAGAUGAAAUAUAUAAAUAUAUAUAAGAGACUUGUGCCACGCCGGAAGCCGUUUUGGUUGGGAGAUGGAGGAGCGCGGAUGGGAAAGGCAGUCGCCACGCCGACGAUCAACUUUGACCUUCGACCCCCUCACAUGGAACUCAAGAGGGAACAACGCAGGACAACACUUUAUAAAAAAACAAAACGGAACACACCGGGAGUAUUGACAGAUUUUCCUCAGAACUCGAGGGAAAAGCAUCUGUAGAGACAGCGUGGUAGCCCUGUAACACUCGUUUUUAUUUUUUAUUUUUCCUAUAUUUUAUUUUUUCUUUUAAUCGCCCUCCUGGGAUAUACUAACCCUACCAACAGGUGGGGAAUAACAAAGACCUCUCCUACCCCUGACCAACCCCCCACCCCCCCCCCCCCAACCCCCUUCUACGCAUGAAGUCAAGUAUCUUAAUUCUUCUUUUUUAUUUUUUAAAAAAGUUCUGCAUUCCUAGAUUUUUCAGAUGAGAAUAUUCCAGUAUUUAGUCCUGUAUUGAACAAGGACUCCAGGAAGGGGAGUUGGCUUGGUCUCUGUGUUUUAAAAAAAAACUCCACUUGGUGUCUGCCAUGUUCACAUGUUAUAACGGUUUAUGACGUAGGGGUGUACAAACGUGAGCCUUUAUUUUUUUGUUUUUAUUUUUUUUUUUCUGUUUUUUUGUCUCUGUACAUAACGUUCUGGGUUUUUAUUGUUUUUCUUUUAUUUUGCUAACGUUGAAGUAUGCUUAUGGUUUAAUUGUAACAUUUUAAAUAAGGGCAAAUAAAAGUUGGAUCCCCUCAA